AUGUCAUCACAAUUCGAUGGAAAGGUUGCUAUAGUAACAGGUUCCAGCGCAGGACUGGGGGAAGCUAUAGCACUUUUGUUUGCUGCCAGAGGGGCAAGAGUUACUCUGUGUGGCCGUGAUCAAGACAGGCUCAAGUCCGUGCUGGACAAAACUGUGAAGGUCAGUGGCGGACACGAGGACCGGUUUCUUACAGUUCUAGGAGACUUAACCGACGCAAAUGUUCGGAAAGAAAUACUCGAACAAACCGUGAACAAGUUUGGACAACUGGAUAUUCUUGUAGCUAACGCAGGUAUCGGUGGAAGUAACGCAUUUGAAACUGAAACUGAGGAAAACUUCAACAAAGUUUUUGACACAAAUCUGAAAUCCGUGUUUUUUCUGAUUCAAAAAGCCGUACCUCACCUGGAGAAGACCAAGGGAAAUGUCGUGAACAUCUCCUCUAUUGCAUCAUCUGUAAUUAUCCCAUCAGCUCCUACAUAUUCGCUGACAAAAGCAGCCCUCGAUCAUCUAACUCGAUGCUUGGCCGUAGACCUGGGAUCAAAAGGUAUCCGUGUGAAUGCUGUGAAUCCUGGAUGUUUCCCAACACUUAUCGUCAGAGAUCUAGGGGAUCCUGAUGUUGUUAACAGACAAAUCCAGAAAGUAGAACAACUGCGAGUGCCAUUAAAAGACAGAAUCGGAGUUUUACAAGAUGUCGCUGAGGCGGUGGCGUUUUUAGCAUCGGAUGCUGCUGGCUUUAUAACUGGUGAACUGGUCAAAGUUGAUGGAGGAAGAAGCUAUUCGGGUCUACUUACAUACUCACUUGACAAGUAA